AUGUUAACGCAGACGCGACUCAACAUCUCGCCCUCGGGUCAACUCAUCUUCUACAGACCCAAUACUCUGCCAAACUAUCCUUUCUUGGAUCGUCCAAUCCCAUGGCCCAAGCUCUGCUGCCAUAAUGACACAUCGAUCCUCAAAGCUUCAGAGCUAAAUGCAAGGGUCCCUCUUCUUCAGCUCCCGGAUGAGCUUUUACAACCAAUCCUCCGCUCUGUUGUGAAGAAGCCAUUGGAGUUUUCAUUGGGCCAUGAUGCAUAUUGGGAUGCUUACUGGCACUUACUCGAAGAAGAUGAUGUACCCAAUUGGGGACCGGAAAGAGAACAGGACCAAGAGAAAUCAGCAAGCUUUACUAAACUCCAAUUUCACGGUUUGCAUGCCCGACCACAAUCUAUAAAGCAGUUCCUUCAAUGGCCCAAAGAACUUCAUGAGCUCUUUAUAACUAAUGGAGAUUUCUGGGACAAUAAUGAAAUAAAAGCCGCGUUUCGAUGGAACCACAACUGUCUUGCCGACGCCCUAUCUUCCCAGAAGGAUCAUAUCCGAGUCCUUGAUAUCGGCUGGUUGGGCCAUGAUCGGGAUCAAAAUGCCUUCCCAGUCUCUAACUUUCCAAAUCUACACACCAUGACCAUAUGCAUAGCAUAUAAACAUCCGAAUGAAGAAGCAUGUCGGAAUUGGUUGACUCCCUCUUUGCAAACACUUAUUCUCAAUCUGCAUACCAGUGGCCAAUGCGGUCCUUCUUCUCAUAAUUGCAUGAGCAAAGCUAAUUCUCAUGCCAUUGCUGAGUGGGCGAGGAUGGCGAGGAGAUGGGUAGACGAAACACGCAACCUGGGGCUGAGAGAAAUCUGCAUACGUGCAUAUAGUAGCGGAGAUGAUGCUUGGCAAAAUGAAGAUGAAGUAAGUUGUAUGCACGGGAGUUAUGCUGAGGAGAUGAAGGAGAACCUUCGUCAGUGCCUGAAAUACAUUGAUGAGCAAGGGUUUAAAUCAUUCUGGAUUGGUUAUAGUGGGAGGAGAUAUACGUCUGAGACGAUGGAGGCAAUGUGUAAGUGUGAGAAGAAGCAUAAACCCAGAGCAUGA